AUGAGAGCAUAUGAUGCAUAUGGAGGAAAAAUUAAGAAGAAAGAGCCAACAUGGAAUGAGGAAUUCACUUUUAACAUUAAGCUCCCUUCGACUAAAAACCUCCAGGUGGCAGCUUGGGAUGCAAACUUGGUAACUCCACACAAGCGAAUGGGCAAUGCAGGAAUCUGUUUGGAGCUUCUGUGUGAUGGAGAUUCACAUGAAAUGGUUGUGGAAUUAGAAGGAAUGGGUGGUGGAGGGAAGAUACAGUUAGAGGUUAGAUAUAAAAGUUUUGAUGAAAUUGAUGAGGGAAAGAAGUGGUGGAAGCUCCCAUUUGUUUCAGAGUUCCUCAGGCAAAAUGGGUUUGAGUCUACUUUGAAAUCAAUUGUUGGGUCUGAUAGUGUGCUGGCUCGGCAGUUUGUUGAAUAUGCUUUUGGGCAGUUGAAAUCCUUUAAUGAGACAUAUCCUUGGAAGGAUAAGCUUUUAAAUAGUGGUAAAUAUGUAGCAGAAGGGGAAUCGAACAUUGUUGUUGAGUCUUCCCCUGAUUCAACUGGAUUUGAGAAUGCUAAUGGAGAAAAAAUGCUAGUUGGUGAAUCCAUACAGUUUGACAAACAUUUCUGGAAGAACUUUGCAGAUGUUAUCAAUCAGAAGGUUGUACAGAAACUUGGUCUUCCUGUCCCUGAGAAUGUAAAAUGGGAUGGUUUUGAUGUACUAAAUAAGAUUGGCAUACAAUCCCGGAAAGUUGCAGAAAAAGCUUACGUUGAAUCUGGGCUUGCAACGCCGAGUAGACAAGAUAUUGAUGAUUCCGCAGAGAGCGGGCCACUUCUAAGAAGUGCAAUUCAGUCUUCAAUUCCGGAUAUAAAAAAAGUGACACAAGAUUUGUUGCAGCAAACUGAUUCUGUUUUGGGGGCAUUGAUGGUUUUGACUGCGGCAGUUUCUCGGCUAAAUAAGGAAGCGCGUUCUAUGGAAAAGAAUGAUAAUAAAAUGAAAAGUGAUGAUUCUGUGUAUUCUAAGAGUGAGAAUCUUGCAGUCUCAUCAGACGUAUCAUCAUUGGAUGAAAAGAAGUCGGAGGAGAUGAAAACUCUUUUCUCUAGUGCAGAAAGUGCUAUGGAAGCCUGGGCGCUGCUUGCCACUUCUCUUGGUCAUCCUAGUUUUGUUAAGUCUGAAUUUGAGAAAAUUUGCUUCCUAGAUAACGCAUCCACUGAUACACAGGGGAAGAAAUGUACAGCAUAUCCUGUUGUGAAGCUCGACGUGGUACUAGCCGGUGCCACAUGGUUAGAACCUGAUCCAAUCAAUCGCUGCUUCACCGAUGGAAACUUGGUCACAGGAGCGGCUUGGCCUGGUCACCCAGAGUUCAUUUUUCAGUUAAUGGCACUACUGGGUAUAAAGUCUGAGGAACGAAUGAGGAAAGAGAUGGAAAGAUUUGAUCAUGAAAUAAGGAAGGAAGAAGAAAGGUUGAUGCGUGAACAGCAGAGAGAGGAGAGAUUGCUACGUGAGCAAAGGCGAGAAUCAGAGCGACAGGAGUAGUAUUUGCAGAAAGAAUCUAAGGCGGAGAAAAAGAGACAAAAGAAGAGCUUCGU